GAUAGCUGCUCCAAGUGGGACAAACCGCUGCUAUCACGACUGCGUAUCUGAAUGUCUCAUCAGCUCGACUUCCCGCCGUCGAGUCCUAUCCAGUGGACACCUUUGCGCAUGUGAGUGCCUAGGAAGGACGACUUGUUAGAGUACAUUGACUCACUAGAUGCACCAGACGAUGAUGGCUCAUGUCGUUCUAUUCAUUCUCACCAGGGGCGUGUCCAAGAUAUCCAUGACGUUGAACAUACGCCGAAUCUUUGCAGCGGGAGCCAGCAAUACCCGAGCUUGUGAUAUCAUCCUGCUCACCGUAGUUAUGUGGGCCUGUCUCUCUCCGUUGGCCGCAUUGAUCAAGUGUGGCGUAAUCCACUUUUACGACUAUCGACCACCCGCCUGUCCUGGUGAUAUCGUACGUUUUAUCAGUAUCGUGGUGUGUGACGUUGCCGUUGAGCUCUGUUUGAUGACAACUUUCUGCCUUAUGGUCAAUAAAUUGCAGAUGAACAUGCACAAAAAGGCAAGAGUCAUGUUGGGAUUCAACACGCGUCUUUUAUUCUAUAUUGGAGCUGUUGAAACGCAAUCGGGUGCUAAACAGCGACUGGCAACCAUGUGGCAACAGGUGGCUCUGGGAGCUGAUCUUAUACUCGCUAUACUGCCAUUCGUCCAAAAUUGGCUCGAAGGCUUCAAAACAUUCGGUCUGGCUCUUGGGGACCAGAAUAAUGGGCUUGGAAGUCAUGAGCUCUCUACCCUUGACUUGAGCCGGCGCUAUAACUUGUCGUACGUGACCACGGGCAGAGCGGACAGCACCAAGAGUAGCUCUUCCAGUUCCUCUAAGGUCCCUAUGCUUCCGCAGCCUCCGGGCCGGAUCUGGGUGGAGGCCUCCUUCGCUGUACGGCAGCAACACGCCGAGCUGACCUUUCCAAGACGAUCUCCAGUAUGUACCGAGAUGUCGAUUACAAUGGCAAGACCUGGCCACUCAGGAGAAACAAGACAUUCGCUCGAAGCAACAUCAGCAGAUAAUCUUUGCACUGACUCUGGUCCCAAGCCCCGUAGAAUUAACGCCAGAAGCUCUCUCCGGCACAGCUUCUGGGGCGCGAUCGAUGCGGAACUUCGCCUAUCAGGAAUCCUUAUCGCUUGUAGAUAGAAACUCCAUCAUCUUCUAUACGUCCGCUCUAUUGUAUAUACAGCUCAAUAUCCGUACUAUAUUGAUGGCCAGAUCAGGCGCAUAGGCAUCCGGAAAUCGGUUGACUUCAACGCGAUGCCGUGUGGGACAACUUGGUAUUAGCGGAAAUGGGACAAGACUUACGACGAAGACUACCAGCGGUACAUCAAAAAUCUCAGCGGUCUCUUCUGCCGGGUUCAGGCUCUGUCGACUAUAAGGGGUUGUAGAUCCUUGAAGUAGACUCUAUUGCUGCACACCUCGAAUCUUUGCGACAAAAGCAUGAGCGAUCUAGUCGUAGAGUUUCAGAACGAAUAUACAGCCGGCGACAGCCGUCGCGGUCCGACCGGACCUGGAUUAUAGCAUGAAACCAUCAUCGCAAGCUGGAUGACUUUUUCUGAUGAAGCAUCAGCUUGUUACCCAAGCGA